AUGGCUCAAGUCGCUAUUAUCGGCGGUGGCCUCUCUGGACUCACUCUCGCCCUCUACCUGCACAAGAGCGGCAUCUCCUCCGCAGUCUACGAAGCCAGGCCCAAAGACUUUGUCUCAGGCGGCAACAUUGCCCUCUCACCCAACGCCCUCCGCGUCCUCGACCACAUCGGCGUCUACGACACCCUCCGCCCCCAAGGCUUCGCCUUCGAGUCCGUAGCCUUCCUCAAUGGCCGCGGCGGUCUUCUGGCCAAGGUCCUGAACGGUAGCUACGAAGAGUACAACUACCCGGCCCUGCGUAUCAAGCGGACCGUCCUCCGCGGCGAGCUGAUCCGCCAGCUCGAGCUCCUGGGCGUGCCCAUCCACUACGAAAAGAAGUGCGCCGCCGUCCGCGAGGAGACGGCCACCUCGGCGACCGUAGAGUUCGAGGACGGCGAAUCCGUGACCGCCGAGUUCGUCAUCGGCGCUGAUGGCAUCCACUCCCGCGUGCGCUCGUUUGUGCGCCCGCACGGCAGCAAGCCCGUGUUCCAGGGCCUCGCCGGUAUCUCAGGCACCUUCAAGCUCAGCGACCUGCCCGACGUCGACACGGAUAUGCACUACCCGUGCAUGCUGUUCGGCGGCAAUGGUUCCUUCGCCGUUAUGCCGGCGUCGGCGGACGGCGACGAGGUCAGCUACUUUGCGACGUUUGAGGUCGAGGAGCGCCCCCGUGAGGACUGGGCGGCGCUGGACGCCGACAAGGAGACGCUGGCCAAGAUGAUCAAGGAGAGGUUCCCCAUCGACUCGAGCUGGCCCGAGGUCGUCCGCGCGCUGUGCCACCGGACCCCGACUGAGUCGUUGACCCUCUGGCCUUUCUACCUGCUCUCCGCCCGGGAGUCGUGGUCUUCUCCCAGCCGCCGCGUGCUUCUCAUUGGAGAUGCCACCCACGGCAUGCCCCCGACUGGAGGACAAGGCGGCGCGACAUCCUUUGAGGACGCGGAGACGCUCGCGUACACCCUCGCCCACCUCAAGGCACCGCUCUUCAAUGACAGCGCGCGGCCGCAAGUCAUCCAGGCCUGGGAGGACCACCGCAAGGACCGCGUAUCCAAGAUUGUGGACUUCACCACCCAGAACGGCGACCUGCGCAAGACCUCCACCUCUUUCAUCCACCAAUGGAUCAAGGAGAUGACCAUCUGGGCCUACAUCAAGGUAGUCGGUCCCCACAUGGGCUGCAAGUGGAUGUACUCGUACCAUGGGGAGAGUGUUCGCGCCGUGCUCGGUCGGCUCGGUAUGGACGAUUCCAAGGGGAAAAACCAGUAG